AUGACGAGAGACCUGUCGCCAUACAGCGCGCGGCGACUGCUAACCCAGCAGUCCAAAGAGGACAGAGCGGCAUCGGCGCAGACCAGUAACAGCAGAAAUGAGAGUCCCAGCAGCUUCUCCCGAAAUGGGUCGGAUCACGCAAGGAGAGAGCCUUCAACGGCAUCGGGCCGGCGUUCGAGCAGCAGGUCUCGAACAGAGAAGCCGGGAAAUGCAUCCAAGGACCACGCGCCCAGGAAUCCAGCCAUAGAGUCAGGCGCUAUUCGCAAACGGGAGCCUUCACCUGAGCCAUACAGAAAGCCGCGCGACUCGUCCAGAGAUAGGAGGCGCGAUGGAUCAAAAGAUCGUAAGAGGGAUAGGUCAAAGGAUAGACGGCGAGACCGGUCACGGGAUAGAAGGCGUGAUAGGUCUGGCGACCGGAAGAGAGACCGUUCAAAAGACAGGCGGCGUGAUCGUUCCAGAGACAGACACAGCCGACGAGACCGCUCGCGCUCCAAGGACAAGGAUCAUCGACGGAGGGACAAGUCCCAUGAUGCAAUGCGUUCGCGCUCACGCUCGCCCAUACCUUAUCGCUCGCGCAAGCCGCGCAGUCGUUCGCCUUCUCGGUCGAGGUCGCCGCCACCUAAACGUCGCCGACAUACACGUUCCAAGUCUCGGUCACGUUCACCUCCUCGGCACAAGCGUGAGAAGAAGCCUCUGCCUUCGCAGGAAAUCUCCUUCCGCGGUCUCGACGACUCUGCCCAACCACCAUCGAAAUAUGGGGGUGCCCCGGCAGACAAGGAGAAACCCAACUUCAAACCCACGGGUGCGCUGGCGAAAGCUGCCAACCAGGUAGAAGGCACAAAGAUUUCCCUCAAAUAUCACGAACCAGCCGAGGCACGGAAACCGCCUUCAUCACAGCCAUGGCGCAUGUUUGUCUUCAAGGGGGAUGAUGUGGUGGACACGAUUGAGCUCUGGCAAAAAAGCUGUUGGCUGCUGGGUCGGUCACACGAAGUUGUAGACUAUGUUCUCGAGCACCCUAGUUCAAGCGGACAGCACGCCGUCAUCCAGUUCCGGUAUAUCCAGAAGACGGUUGAAGACGAGUUUGGAGUAAAGAGCACGCGAGGCAAGGUCAAACCCUACAUUAUCGAUUUGGAAAGCAGUAAUGGUACGGAAUUGAACGGUGAAGAUCUUGAAGCGAGCCGGUACUUUGAGCUUCGGGACAAGGACAUAAUCAAGUUUGGCGGAAGUGAGAGAGAGUAUGUCGUCAUGCUGCCACCGGCGGACUCAAAACAAGGAUCCAAGUAA